AUUAUUGCCCCCGUUGCAGAGAUGAAAGCAAUACAGCCUGAAGGUGGCUCCACCCAAGCCUCCCAAAAGUCCGAGUGGAGGAAACGCCUUAGUUCCCACUCGCACAAAUCUCACACCCCCCCUCCCACGGCAGUUUGCGCCUGGCAGCACCCCAACCCCGCCCCCUCUCACCCCACACUUCCCGAUUCCGCUCCGCCCUACCCGCGAGUACUUCCGGUCUCCAGCACCGGAAGCCGCGACCCAGAGCGGUGGGGCGGUAAGUCCACGGCGCGAGGGCCCACGGAAGAAGUCCUUGGGCGGGGCAGUGGCGGGUCCAGGUGGUGGCGGGCCAUUAUUUCUCGGGUCACUACCGGACAUCACGCGGCAGCGAAGUUCCCUCGGAAAGGUCUAAGGCGCCGGUAGAGAAUGACAUUACUUCCGGAGCAUGUGCGGGCAGGAAAAGGCCGGAAGUGGCUCCAGCCCCACUUGGUGGCGAGGAGGAGUCAAGGAGGGUCUUCUCGGUGUUGCCGGAUUUAUCUCUGGAGUACCUGGGAGUUUUAGGAGAGAGGGUGUGUGAAUAAAGAGUAGCAAGUAAAAAUACAGGACGUGCAGUUAAAAUUUAAUUUCAAAUAGGUAACUUUUUUUUUAGUGUAGGUAUGCCUCAAAUAUUGUAUGGAACAUACUUGUAUUUUAAAAAUCCCUAAUUGAGGGGCACCUGGGUGACUCCGUCAGUUAAGCGUAGGACUCUUGAUUUCAGCUCAGGUCAUGAUCUCAGGAUGGUGAGAUUGAGCUCCCUGGUCAGGCUCUGCUGAUAGGGCAGAGCCUGCUUGGGAUUCUCCAUCUCUCUGCCCCUCCCCUGCUCAUUCUCUCUUUAUCUCUUUUUCUCAAAAAAAAAAAAAAAGAAAGAAAGAAAGAUCUGAUUUAUUUGAAAUUCAAAUACAUCUUAUAUUUUAACUGGCAACCUUUGCCUUGAACACCCCUCUCCCCCUCCCUCCCCCGAGCUCUGGUGUACUGUGGCAAGGCCUGUGUCCAUCUGGGAAAGAGGUACAAAGUUCAUGCAGGCUGUCAGGCUAUUGCUAGAUUCUAAGCCACUUUUGGUUCCUAGCCUAAUGGGCCAUCCCCAGGGGCUUCCUGGCAAAAAUUGAGCCCAUUUUUCAGAGUCCAUAUGUCAGCACCCUCUGUGUUCCUUUUAAUGCUGGAGUCAGGCAGCAUUGGUCUUAUGGGAAAGCUGAGAACCAUGCUGGCUAAGUGGCUGAGGACCACACAUUGUUAGGUCUUUUGAGUGUGGGAUAAAGUGGGGCUCAGGUUUUCUGUGUUAACAGUGGGCAGCUUCAGAGAGACCAAGGAUGUCAAGGGGAAAGCGUUAAUCUUCUCAUCCCACCUCUCAUUUUGUAUGUGAGGUCCAGUGAGAGAAAAGGAAUUGUCUCUUUGGUAGAGCUGAAGCCUGAUUCCCAGCCUCCUUCCCCUGUUCUGUGCAUACUUGUGCAGUCAGCUGGCAGCAUUUAUGGUGGGCAUUGUUAAAGCAGAUGCCUCUUUUAGAGAUGAGCUCUUUGGGGCUUUAUUGUCCCUGAAUUCCUUUACAGCUUCCUGACCUUCACCCUGAGGCUACUUUAGCGUUUACCUUGCCCAGUGGGGAAAAUGACUGGCCUCAGUUCUGGAAGCCUGGCCUUUCCUGCUCCAGACACUCGGCUCUCACUCCUGUAGGUGGUGUGACCCAAGACUUGUCUUGUUAGGUCAGAGUGAAAGGCAUGUUCUUAGCAGAGGUGGGUCUAGCUAGCCAAGUAGGUGGAAGGGUGUCCUUUUUUGUCCUGCAGUGUGGGCCCCAAGGUAUAUGGCCUUAUUGUGGUGUCUAGGGACUUAUCUGAGGUUCCAUCAUGAGCCAGUCUUUGCUGCCAUUUCUCGCUUGAACCCAAACCUUUUGCUGGACUGGCCUUGAGCACUGGGAUUCCUCAGGCUGUGUGUCCUGAGGAUGUGCUCUGGGUCUGCCUGUCAGUGCUCCUGUGAGCCUACAGCCUCCCCACACAGACCUAGGCUUCCCAGACCAGAUCCAUGAGCUAAUGAAAUUGAGCAGGUUACAGGUCAUCAGGCUCAGGGUCAGUUGGUGGGACAGCCGGCAGCCUCUUGGCAACAGAAGUGGUAAACAGGCAAGGAAGGAGUGCCAGAAAGGGGUGUUGCUCCUGGACGAGGGCUUAGAAGUGAAGGGGGUGGAAAAGGGGUGGGGCGGGAGCCCAAUGAGAGGAAUUGCUCCCUCUAUGAAUGAUUAACUCUCAGCCGAAGCGGGUGGCCUAGGGGAGGGCUCGGCUAACAGGACCUUUGGACCCGGGGCAGAGUGUCCAGAGGGCCAGAGUAGAGCCUGCAGAAGAGAAGGACAUGGCAGCCAUGGGUGCCAGGUGGUGCUGAGAACAGUGGGGCAUGGCUGCAGUUCUGCAGGUCCUGCCCUGCUUGGCCCGAGCCCCCUUGCGCCCACUCCUCUUGGGUGGCGCAGUGGUCCGGCUGGCCAGUGGCAUGGCCCUCGCGGAGCAGGCACGGCAGCUGUUUGAGAGCGCUGUGGGUGCCGUGCUUCCAGGCCCCAUGCUGCACCGGGCACUGUCCUUGGAUCCUGGUGGUGGGCAGCUGAAGGUACGGGACCGGAGCUUUCAGCUGCGGCAAAACCUCUACCUGGUGGGCUUUGGCAAGGCUGUGCUGGGCAUGGCAGCUGCAGCUGAGGAGCUACUGGGCCAGCAUCUCGUGCAGGGUGUGAUCAGCGUUCCCAAGGGGAUCCGUGCUGCCAUGGAGCAUGCUGGCAAACAGGAGAUGCUGCUGAAGCCACACAGCUGUGUCCAGGUAUUUGAGGGCGCAGAGGACAACCUCCCAGACCGUGAUGCACUCCGGGCCGCACUGGCCAUCCGGCAGCUGGCUGAAAGCCUCACAGCUGACGAUCUACUGCUUGUGCUCAUCUCAGGUGGGGGCUCAGCCUUGCUGCCAGCCCCUAUCCCACCCGUCACACUGGAGGAAAAGCAGACACUCACCAAACUGCUGGCGGCCCGUGGAGCCAACAUCCAGGAGCUGAACACAAUCCGGAAGGCCUUGUCCCAGCUCAAGGGUGGGGGGCUGGCUCAGGCUGCCUACCCUGCCCAGGUGGUGAGCCUGAUUCUGUCAGACGUGGUGGGGGACCCUGUGGAGGUGAUCGCCAGCGGCCCCACUGUGGCUAGCGUCCACAACGUGCAAGAUUGCCUGCACAUCCUCAAUCGCUACGGCCUUCGUGCUGCCCUGCCACGUUCCGUGAAGACUGUGCUGGCUCGGGCUGACUCUGACCCUCAUGGGCCACACACCUGUGGUCACGUACUCAACGUGAUCAUUGGCUCCAACGCGCUGGCGCUGGCCGAGGCCCAGCGGCAGGCUGAGGCGCUGGGGUACCAGGCUGUGGUGCUGAGUGCAGCCAUGCAGGGCGAUGUGGAAAGUAUAGCCCGGUUCUACGGGUUGCUCGCCCAGGUGGCUGGAACCCGCCUCACUCUGGCUGGGGCUGGAGCCUCUGCAGAGGAGGGUGAACAACUCCGUGAGCUGGCAGCUGAGCUCCAGCUCCCAGACCUGCAGCUGAAGGAGGCUCUGGAGGCUGUGGUGAGGGCCAGGGGCCCCGUCUGCCUGCUGGCUGGUGGUGAGCCCACAGUGCAAUUGCAGGGCUCAGGAAAGGGUGGCCGGAACCAGGAACUGGCCCUGCGUGUUGGAGUAGAGCUGGGACGACAGCCACUGGGGCCUGUAGAUGUGCUGUUUUUAAGUGGCGGCACCGAUGGGCAGGAUGGGCCCACAGAGGCUGCUGGGGCCUGGGUCAUGCCUGAGCUGGCCAGCCAGGCUGCCGCUGAGGGCCUGGACGUGGCCACCUUCCUAUCUCACAAUGACUCACAUACCUUCUUCCGUUGCUUUCGUGGUGGGGUGCACCUGCUGCACACAGGGCUGACUGGCACCAAUGUCAUGGACACCCACCUUCUGUUCCUGCGGCCACGGUGAUGGUAUAGGUUGUGUUUUAGGAGUACAGAGGAGGCCUACAGGACAGCAUCCUGGAGCCGACCAGGCCUCACCAGGCCUUAGGGUUCCUUCUUUUCUUGGCCCAGGCUGCUUGGUUGGCCCUUAUACCUCACACCCAUGGCUUCUGCUCUGUGUUCAUUCCUCCAACCGGACUGGCAGAUGGGGGCUCUCUUCUCCCUACUUUCUGCUGUGACAGAUAGCAGGUAUCUCUGAGGACUGGGAUGAGCCCCUUAGCCAGUUUGCUGUUCCCAGUCUUCUCCCCACCCACCCCCAGGCAGCCCCUCUGCUGAGCUCUUGAGUGUCCUUUCUGUGGGGUAAAGCAAGGACUGUAAAUAAAAAGAGCCACACUA